AUGACGGAAGUGAAGAUUAAAGUAGAAGCCGCGCAGAAAACGAAGAAGAAAGUGUGGGUGAAAGUGAAAGGCCAAAGUCCCAAAAGUGAAAAGUCCUACAGUGAAAAGUCCUACAGCGGAAAGUCCUAUGGGGAAAAAUCCUGUGGCAAAAACUCCAGUGGCAAAAUUCCUACUGCAAAAAGUCCUAUGAUGAAAGUCCUGGGUGAAAACUCCUACGUGGAAAUUCCUAUGGUGGAAAGUCCUAUGGUGAAAAAUCCUACAGUGAAAAGUCCCGCCACGGCGAAACUCCAGCAUAAAAAAUCCCUAAAGUCCUGCAAUGAAAAGUCCUAUGGUGAAAAGUCCUACGGCGAAAAGUCCUACGGCGAAAACCCCAGUGUCAUAAAUUCUUACAGUGAAAAGUCCUACAGUGAAAAGUCUUACAGCGACAAGGCCUAUGGUGAAAAGUCCCACAAUGAAAUGUCCUACGGUGAAAACUCCGGUGGCAAGAAGUUCUACGGCAAAGUGUCUUAUGGCAGAAAGUCCUAG